UCUUAAAGGAUCACAACAUCAAACACGGUUUAGUUUACCGAUCCAUCGGCAGUUUAAUCUCAGCUUCGUAGCCUUAAUUUGGCACUACCAAUGGGUCUGAUUUUUAGCAUAUUAUGGAUAUCAGCUAUGUUUCUUUUCCCAUUUUGUUUUUUUUUAAAUUCCAUCCAAGGUCAAUAUGUUCAAAUGCUUAAGAACACUAACAUUUCGUGGCCAAUUGAUGCGAGUGGAUGUAAUCCUUCUAUUAUGUUACUGUUUCACUCCAUGGUUAAUACAAGUCUCUCUGGAAAAUGGUCGUUUGCUUGCGGCUUUAGAUCCUCCUCUGACCCUGACUGUAACACUUAUCUUUUUGGUAUUUUUGCCUUGAAUGAGGAGAGCACUCCUCCAAAAUUAGUCUGGUCUUCCAACCGAAACAAGCCGGUUAGAAACAAAGCAACUUUGCUGCUAAGCCGAGAUGGAGAUUUGAUGUUACAGGAUUUUGAUGGUACUUUGGUUUGGUCUACUAAUACAAAGGGCAGAUCAGUCGCUGGGUUAAAGUUGACAGAAUCAGGGAAUCUUGUGCUCUUUGACACAAACAACUCCAUUGUUUGGCAAUCUUUUGAUCAUCCAACUGACACUUUACUUAUUGGACAGAAGUUAUAUUCUAAUUCCAGCCAAAAGCUAACAGCAAGUACUUCACAAACUAACUACUCCGAAGGAGGUUUGUAUUCGCUUUUUUUUACGAUUAUCGGUCUCUCUGCUUUUAUGGAAUCAGUUUACCCUUAUACGGCAAUUGAAAGCGAGGCACUCUAUGACAUGCAACCCUAUGUCAUUCUUUUGAAUGGGAGCUUAGUUCUGUUCAGUUAUCUCUCUGGAGAGCCGGUUCGUAUUAUUUCACUUCCCAACACAACUCCAUUGCAACAUGUCACGUUGGAUUAUGACGGGCAUUUUAGAGCUUAUGAUUUAGUAGAGGACAAUUGGCGAAGUGUUGCUGAUAUUUUUAUAAUGGAUAGUUGUGAUUAUCCUUUGGUUUGCGGAAGAUAUGGACUUUGCUCGAAAUCGGGUGAGGACGAUCCCGCAUGCACUUGUCCCCAACCAGAUGAUACAAAAUUAAGCUAUUUUAGGCCGAUUGAUGACAGACAUCCCAAUCGUGGCUGUUCUGAAGUUAAUUCCUUGUCCUGUGACAAAUUUAAAUAUCAAAAAAUGGUGGAGCUGAAGAAUGUCAGUCAUUUGAAAGGGCUGGUUCACACUGAAAAUACAGAUGUCGAGAGUUGCAAACUAGAUUGUUUAAAAAACUGUUCUUGCAAAGCUGCGAUGCUUGAUUCAGUCGGGACUUGUUAUUUGGAAUCACAAAUUUUUUCACUCAAAAAUGUUGAGCCAGGUAAGGAAGCAGACACCUUCCGCUUCUUUUUAAAAGUUCAGAAUGACUCAAAUGUAUUGAUGGAUAUCGAAGGGAAAAAAGGGAAGCGAGUAACCAUAUUAGGAUGGAGCCUAGGCGUAUUCUCUGGUCUUCUUCUUAUCAUUGGCAUCAUCUACAUUGCUUUUUCAGCGAAGAAAAAAGAUGGUGAUGACUUAGAGGAAGAAUACUUAAAGGAGGUACCAGGGAUGCCCAAGCGAUACUCCUAUGAAGACUUGAUAACAACGACUGAUAAUUUCAGCAAGAAACUCGGUCAAGGAGGAUUUGGAUCUGUAUUCGAAGGGACUCUUAACGAUGGCACCAUGGUUGCAGUGAAGUGUCUUGAGGGCCUGAGCCAAAUCAAAGAGUCAUUUUUAUCCGAGGUUAAAACCAUUGGUAGUAUCCACCAUGUCAACUUGGUAAGAUUAAUUGGAUAUUCCACCAACAGGUCUCAUAGGCUUCUGGUUUAUGAAGCUAUGUGUAAUGGUUCAUUAGACAAAUGGAUCUUCCAUAUAAACCAACGCUCUGCUCUUGACUGGCGAACCAGAAGAAUGAUCAUUCUAGACAUAGCCAAGGGAUUGGCGUAUCUUCAUGAAGGGUGUAGGCAAAAAAUAUUUCACUUAGAUAUCAAACCUCAAAACAUUCUUCUGGAUGAAAAUUUUCAUGCAAAAGUUUCCGAUUUUGGUCUCUCAAAGCUAAUUGACAGGGACCAAAGUCACGUUGUAACAAGAAUGAAAGGAACACCAGGUUAUUUGGCUCCUGAAUGGCUCAGCUCAGUUAUCACUGAGAAAGUAGAUGUUUAUAGCUUUGGGGUUGUGGUCUUAGAAAUCUUAUGUGGUAGAAAGAACUUGGAUCGAUCUCAACCAGAGGAGGAUAUGCAUUUAUUAAGUGUACUUAAGAGAAAGGCAGAAGAGGAUCAGCUUUUGGAUAUGAUUGAUAAGAAAAGUGAGGAUAUGAUUUCAAAUGGAGCAGAAGUGUUGGAAAUGAUGAAGGUUGCUGCAUGGUGUUUGCAAAGCGAAUUUUCUAAGAGGCCUUCUAUGUCAGUGGUGGUAAAGUUGUUGGAAGGUGCGGUAGAUGUUGAAGCAAAUUUAGAAUAUGACUUUUCAGUUCCUGCUACGGCUAGAGCAAGUGUGAUUCCAGGGCCAAAGAAUGGUGCAGCUGAUGUUGCUACACCAAUGCUGCCAUCGACAUUGUCAGGGCCAAGGUGAAUGCAUAAAACCUCCCCAAUGUAAUUUUCAUGGUGUGUUAUAAUGCAGUUGUAAUUCAUUGUAGUUGCAAUC